AUGCAGUCUGGGAUAUCAGCUUCCGCCGACCUGCACGACGCAUUCGCCUCCUUCGCCGCUGACAGCACCCUCUUCGCCUUCCCCGUGACCAUCUCCAGCGAAUCGUUGAGCUCCUUACCCGCCAUUCCAUUCCCCAAUUCCUCACCAUCGACAACACUCACCUCGUCGCUUUCCUCCCUCGAACCCAUCCUCUCGCCCACUGUUCCACUCUACCUAUUGCUACGCACCUCCCCCACGCCGACCGCGCAGCUCAUCGCAGCAACAUACAUCCCGUCACGCGCCCCCGUCCGCCAGAAAACCCUCUUCGCCUCGACCCGCGCCACGCUCGUGCGGGAACUCGGGUCCGAGAAAUUCGCCGACACGGUCUUUCUGACCGAGAAGGAGGAGGUGCUUGAUCCCAAGACCUGGGCGGACUCGGGAUACACAAGUGGAGGUCCCUCAGGUGGGAGCGGCGGCGGUCGUGACACCGCGCUCCUGAGCGUCGAGGAGCGCGAGCUGCAGGCCGUCAAGCGUGCCGAGGAGGAGGCCCGCCAUGGCACGGCGGGUCGGGAUUUGAUGAACGAGGGGGGCUCGGGCGCGGCGUUUGGCGGUGGUUCGAGGGAUGGGACGCCUUCUGCCGGCGCGGGAGGCCGCAGCGGUGUGAGCAUGAAGAUCUCAGAGGACGCGCGCCAGGGCCUCGCGGCCGCCAAAGCCGCUCAGGACCCAAGCGGCGACAGCGGCAGCGGUGUGCUCGUGCAGUUCGGAAUCGACAUCGCAAACGAGACGAUCACUCAAGUGGGCAGCCCGCAAAGCAAUAUUGCGGCCAGGGUCGUCCACGCCCGCAUCCCCGGAGAUCGGCCUAGUUACAGCCUCUACGUUCCCGGCGGUGUCCAAGGCGCGCUGUUCAUCUACGUGUGUCCCGGCACCAGCAAGGUCAAGGAACGCAUGCUGUACGCGAGCAGCGGGCGGUUCUUUGUGCAUUAUGCCAAGACAGAGUUUGGGGUUGAUGUCGUUAAGAGGCUGGAGGCGAGUGAGCCGGCGGAUCUGGAUGGGGAGAGGGUUCCGGAGGAGGUUGCGGCGUUGAGCGGUGGUGGUGCUGGCGGGAAUGGUGGUGGUGUAGAUAGUGCUCCAGGCAGUGGCACGGCGACACCUAGGGGUGAAGGGUUUGCCAGGCCGAAGAGGCCUGGGAAGCGGUAG